AGAUCUAUGCCGUCACAAGGAGAUAUCGCUUACCCGCUAGGGUAGAGUAAACAUGGAGUGUGUUUAAGGUUACUCGUGUCGCCGGAAAGUGAGAAACUUAGACGCUAGAGCAAGCAGGUUAUCCCUCUUGAAGAUUACCAUCUUCUGAUACUUGCAUAGAGUUUUGGAGUCCCCAAAAUAUUCCCAUGGCAUGACCUCAUGCCCAGCACUGAUUAUGGGCACGUCAUUGUUUAUAUAGUCUGAAGAGUCCCAGGCUGUAUUGUAUUCACCUCAUUCAUCGCUGUGCAUAUCCCUUUCAACUAUCAUAAACAUGCACAUCCAGCAUUUAUUUUAUGCUCUUGCAGCAGUCCAUUUGAGCACCGCUGCUCCAGCUGCGGAUGCUUCAGAAAAGAGAUCAGAUGCUACAUUUGACUAUGUAAUCGUUGGUGGAGGGACAGCAGGUCUGACGAUAGCCUCACGGUUAUCCGAAGAUACUGAGACUACAGUAGCAGUAAUAGAAGCUGGAACCUUCUACCAGGUACGAACGUAUCAAUCAAGAGACCAUGCAUUGGCUAAACAUCACAGGUUUCCAAUCUCAUACUCAGCUCAACACCAGCCGGGCACUCGUUCUGGAUUGGUUCGAGUCCAUCUGAUACCAAUCCUCUCGUGGAUUGGAACUUCGUGACAACACCCCAAGAAGGUGCAGCUGGUCGCUCGAUUCAUUAUGCUAGAGGAAAAUGUCUGGGUGGAAGCUCGGCGAGAAAUUUCAUGAUCUAUCAGCGUGGUACCAAACAGUCAUAUCAACAGUGGGCUGAUGCUGUUGGCGAUCAAUCUUACACCUUCGAUAGCCUCUUUCCUUACUUUCAAAAAAGUGUUCAUUUUACACCUCCAGGACCGAGUCGUGCCUCCAAUGCAUCUGCAGAAUAUAGCGCCGUAAGCACAUUCAGCCCCUUCAACUUUGACAUCUCUGCGUGAUGACUGAUUCCAAUUUUUCCAGUCUGCAUUUUCAUCUUCAGGAGGACCUUUAGAGGUUUCAUAUGCGAACUAUGCACAACCUUUCUCCAGCUACAUGGAUGGUGCAUUCGGCGAACUCGGAAUGAACGAUAUUCAAGAUUUCAACACCGGUUCUAUCAUGGGCAAACAAUACUGCAGUUCUACCAUCGACCCGUCCAGCCAAAGUCGCGAGUCUUCUCAAACAGCAUAUUAUGACGCUACAGUGCAAAGACGCGGAAAUCUUAGAGUCUACUCAAUUACCACCGCGCAAAAAGUUCUUUUUGAUAGCAACAAGAAAGCCACUGGUGUCAGAGUUCAAACACUCGGUAUUCCAUACACAAUUAAUGCUCGAAAAGAAGUCAUCAUGUCAGCUGGUGCAUUUCAAAGCCCUCAGCUCCUCAUGCUCUCGGGCAUUGGGCCAAAGGCAACUCUCGAAAAAUGGAAUAUCCCUGCUGUUUCCAUCCUCGAGGGUGUGGGCCAAAAUAUGUGGGAUCAUAUUUUCUUUGGACCUACUUAUCGCGUUAAAGUUCAAACAUUGACCAGACUUUCAAACGAUUUCAUCUAUACCACAGCACAAUACUUGGGUGCAUAUCUUAUCCAAAAGAUGGGUCCGCUAACCAACCCAAUUUGUGAUUACCUUGGCUGGGAAAAAGUCCCAAGCUCACUACGAAAUGGUUUCUCCGCGGAAACACUCAACGACCUCGCGCAAUUCCCCGCCGAUUGGCCUGAAGUUGAAUACCUCUCCGGAGCAGGCUACGUAGGAGAUUUCUCCAGUCUACCAACCACCCAACCAAAAGACGGCUACCAAUACGCCACCAUUCUCAGCGCGCUCGUAGCCCCCCUCUCCAGAGGCUCCGUUACCCUAUCCUCCACCUCCGCCAACGACCUCCCCAUCAUCAACCCCUCCUGGCUCACCUCCCCCACCGACCAAAGCGUCGCCAUCGCAGCCUACAAACGCGUACGCGCCGCCUUCGCCUCAAAAUACAUGGCUCCCGUGCUCAUCGGCUCCGAGUAUUUCCCCGGUCCAGACAUCUCCACCGAUGCGCAGAUUCUGAAAACUAUUCAGGAGACUCUGCAUACCGUGUGGCAUGCGGCUUGUACGUGUAAGAUGGGGAAGAAGGAUGAUGUGAUGGCGGUGGUGGAUAGUAAGGCGAGGGUUUUUGGGGUGCAAGGGUUGAGGGUUGUGGAUGCGAGUGCGUUUGCUAUUUUGCCGCCGGGGCAUCCGCAGAGUACGGUUUAUGCGCUUGCGGAGAAGAUUGCGGAGGGGAUUAGGAUGGGGGAUUAGUGUGUGUGUGUGUUUUGUGGAGGUCCGUAUGUGGUUAUGUGAUGUAUUGUAAUGUAAUGUAAUGUAAUUGGUGGUUGAAGUGAUGAUGUAUGGUUAUUUAUGUUGUAAUAUAAUUUUUUAAAAUUUCAUAUUAGAUGUUUAUGAU